CACCGCGCGCAUCCACCAUUUCUCUCCCCGCGCGCUCUAGCUACAACAAAACUUUGUGUACGCGUGUGUUCGUGGUCGCGCACGCCACGCGCGCACGGAUUGGGGGUUUUGUCUCCGGGAGCAGAGAGGUCUGGCCCUCAGAGGGCUCGCGCGACAGAAGGGGCAACACCACGCGGCACAACAAGCGACGCAGAAAGUUGGUGGCGCGCAGCCUCCAGACGCGGUAACACGGCCCGGACGCCCGGCGGACACGCUCUCGCCCCGCUACCAUGGAGGAGCAGCUGCUGUGCUGCGAAGUGGACUCCGUCCGGAGAGCCCACCAGGACGUCAACCUGCUGAACGCGCGGGUGCUGCAGACCAUGCUGAAGGCGGAGGAGAACUACCUGCCGGCGCCAAACUACUUCAAGUGUGUCCAGAAAGACGUGGUUCCCAACAUGAGGAAGAUCCUGGCCACCUGGAUGUUAGAGGUCUGUGAGGAACAGAAGUGCGAGGAGGAGGUUUUUCCGUUGGCAAUGAACUAUUUGGACAGAUUUUUAUCAGUGGAGCCCACCAGGAAAACCCGACUGCAACUGCUUGGAGCAACAUGCAUGUUUCUGGCAUCUAAGAUGAAGGAGACUGUACCAUUAACUGCAGAGAAACUCUGUAUCUACACAGACAACUCAGUCCAACCUGGAGAACUGCUGCAAAUGGAGCUGCUGGUUCUCAGCAAGCUGAAAUGGGAUCUGGCAUCUGUCACACCUCAUGACUUCAUUGAGCACUUCCUGUCCAAGCUGACAAUCCACACAUCGACAAAGCAGAUCCUCAGGAAACACGCCCAGACCUUCGUUGCUCUCUGCGCUACAGAUGUGAACUUUAUAGCCAGUCCUCCUUCCAUGGUGGCAGCCGGCAGUGUGGUGGCAGCGGUUCAAGGACUCUACUUGAAGAGCCAGGAUGCCUCCUUGUCCUCCCAGAACCUGACCAACUUCCUGUCUCAGGUCAUCCGCAGUGACCCGGACUGUUUGCGGUCGUGUCAGGAGCAGAUCGAGUCUCUGCUGGAGUCUAGCCUGCGGCAGGCGCAGCAGCACGGCAGCAUGACGGAAGCCAAGCGUGUGGACGAAGAGGUGGACCUGUCCUGCACGCCGACAGAUGUGCGGGACAUCAACAUUUGAGAUGAUGACCAGCAUGUUGUAAUCCCACUAUAAGGAGAACUCUGUAAGAAGAUGAGCUGAUGGGCAAGCAAAGAAGAGGUGGUCUGAGUACUGCCUCCCUUCCUCUUUCCCUUGGUUGCCUGGUGGGCAGCUGCUUCAACAGAUGUCACUCACUUUGUCCACCACGGCGUGCCCCGCUUGCCACCCAGAACACCUCAGAUCACAUUAUUGCCAUAGUCCCCUCCAGUCCUGGACAAAGACCAGAACACUAGAAAUGGCGCAGAGAGAAAUGCGCACCGGUGACCUGUGUGGGCAGGAGGUAAAGCCACACAAAGGGAUUCUUUUGGUCCUUAUCCCCCAUUUUAAACUAGGAAUCUUUGAAUUGCUAUGGACUGAACUUGCCUACUAAAGAAUACCAGACUUUGGUGUUCAGUCGGCCUUCAUAGUCUGUCCACUUGAAACUCAACAUUUAUCAAAGCAAAGAUGCUGUUUUGAUCCCGUUUCUCUUGUUUAGCAUGAUAUAGGCAAUUUCUAAGUCCCCAUGUUUGUCUAGUGCAGGUAUCCUUUACCCCAUGCUUGUUUAUGUUUAGUCACUUUAUCAUAAUAUUUAGCCUUAUACCUCUUGUUCUAAGAUUUUGGGUAGUUUUUGAAACCCAUCUGAGUGAAGUUGUUUUUGUUGCCCUGCAGACUGUGCUGCCUGUGUGGACAAACACAAAUCUUUCUUUAUUCCUUGAUUCAUUUCACCCAUUUCAGCUUGCAGCAAUUGAUCAAAUCAAGUCAGUGCAUUCGCGAGCAGAGAGAGCUGUCCAGACUCUUAUGAUUCUUCUUUUGUGUAGUUAGAUCUAACACCAUUCCAAUGUAUUUUUUCAAGAAAGAAGCACUUUUGGUCAGCCAUGCUGGCUCAACUGAAAAAAAUCACAGUGGUAGAGUUUGUAAAGGAACCUGAGGUUGUACUACAGUCUUAUGGGGAUGCAGUGGUCAAGCAGCUGGGUCAGGUUCAUCAAAUGGGACAAAGAAUUGAGCAGUGUUGUGGACAGACUUGUUUUUCUGUCUGUGGCAGCAGCCUUCCUGUUCUGCUAGUUUGACUUGUGCAGUGUUUGUUCAGGCAGAGCCGCCCUGAGCUUUUCACAGCUUCACCACCACUGCAGCAUGUAGAGCCAAAGGCUAAAUCUUAGGAGGUAAAAGGACUAUUUUUAUAGCUAAAGUAAUGCUUUAUUUUCCAUAUCGUAAAACCUAUUUAUUUUUGCAACUUUCAAUUGUGGCUCCGCCCACUCGUACAGAUGUUUGCCAAUGAAACGCUGUAAACCGUAAGCUUGAGAUGACCUCUGAACCACCAGGACAGCAUCCCUCCAUACUCAUCCUCACUUCUAAUACUUCUCAUGGAUCAAGUUGAAGAAAGAGAAGCAAUGAGAAUAUGAGAUGAUUUUUGCACAAACCAUAAGGAUGUGGGCGGGGCUUCUUGUGGACUUCCCUUAAAAAAACAAGGGAAGAGCAUAGUGGGCAACAGUACUAAGUGUCAAAAAUGUAACAAAGAGGAGAAAGGCUCAUCAGAAACUGUGCUUCAGUCACGUAAAGGGGAGGUAUUUGUGCUCAGAUGGACAUUCUCUUCGUAAGGAAUGAGCCAGCGUCUGAGUCCGGCUGUGUAGGAUCCUUUAAAAGUAGGUUUCUGAUUAUACACUAAGAAUAGAACGUAGGAGAGAAACACUCCUUGUAUUUUGCUGCUAUAGAAGAUACAUUUGAGCUAUGUGUUUAAAGACAAAAAUAAAAAUACAAAAAACAGAUAUGAAAUUAAAACAAUGCUUUUUUCUGUUGUUUGCUGCUAUUUUUUAUAUGUUUAAAUGUACUGCCAUGCUAGGUCUGAAUUUUCUAAUAGAAAGUUGUUAUUGGUGUCACCAUUUGUUAUAUGUAGACUCUGUGAUCUUUUGUUUGUAAUUAUCUAAUGUGAUUUUUUUUUCAAAACUAUUCCAAAUACAAGGAAGAUUUGACAAUGUACAGAAAUGCUUUGAUUUACAAUACCUCAUGUGACAGUCAUGAUCUCUGAUUUUUUUAGUUGUGUGUGUGUGUGUGUGUGUGUGUGUUUCAUUGUACUCGCUGGUUCAGUGCUCGCCAGCUUUUGUAGGUGAAGCAUCUGGGAUGGAAACCAGCGUGUCCAGGCCGUGCGUUGUAACUGGUGCCAUUACAGAAAAUGAGAUGUGUAUAACUCUGUUGAGUGUUAAGCUGUCUCGAUAAAAGAGACUUUAUCUCCCCUCUAGGCCCUACCGGCCUCUCUUCCUCCCCCUUUUUAUAUUUAUAAAGAGAAAAAAAGACUGCUCCAAUUUUUCAAACUUCCUGUGAGUGGAUUUGAGUUUGUAAAUAGCCUCAGUCUCAUGUUCGGUAAGCCAUAGAUCAUUCUUUUGCUGUGUUCACAGAUCAUUCCAAACAGACCUUUCAUGUCAGCUGUCUGCACCCAGAAUAAUGUAUUCAUCUUUGUGUUGACGACACAAUAAAAACAUGAGUUAGGAUGCGUCUGGAAA